CCGGCCCGAGGGGAGGGGUGGCGGAGCGGAGCGGCGGGCCCGUCGCUGCCUGCGGCCGCGGGUAGGUCGGCGGCGGGUAACGUGACAUCCGCGGCUGGGGGCUUAUAAACCUUACACGGGGCGCGGGCCGGCGGCGGCGAGCCGGGAGGGAGGCGGCAGAGCGACGGCCGUUCGCCCUCCCUCACGGGCCGAGGCGGUGGGCGCAGCCCCCUGAGGACGCCGGUAGGACCGAUGCCCAGGUUGGAGAACUGCGCCGGGAGCUGUUCCUGCACUGCCAGGGGAAGGCACAAAACCCAGCCAGGGGACACGGCAGCCGGGCUGGCCGCCAAGGUGGGCGAGAUGCUGAGCUCCUCCGUCUCCAGCCCCUCGCUGACGUUGGUGGGUCACGGAGCACGCAGCCCCAGCACCUCCAGUGCCAGCAGCACCUCCAGCAGCAGCAGCACCUUGAACUUGAGUCAACACCUGGUGCAGAGGAGCGUGGUCCUCUUCGUCGUCGGUGCUUUCAUGGCCCUGGUGCUGAACUUGCUGCAGAUCCAGAGAAACGUGACUCUGUUCCCCGAUGAAGUGAUUUCCACUCUCUUCUCCUCCGCCUGGUGGGUGCCCCCGUGCUGCGGGACAGCAGCAGCUGUCGUUGGCCUGCUGUAUCCCUGCAUUGACAGCCACCUUGGGGAGCCACACAAAUUCAAGAGAGAGUGGGCCAGCGUAAUGCGAUGUAUAGCAGUUUUCGUUGGCAUUAAUCAUGCAAGUGCUAAAUUAGAUUUUGCAAACAACGUCCAGCUGUCCCUGACUCUAGCAGCCUUAUCACUGGGUCUUUGGUGGACAUUUGAUCGUUCAAGAAGUGGUCUCGGACUUGGAAUUACAAUAGCCUUUGUAGCAACACUGAUAACCCAGUUUCUUGUAUAUAAUGGUGUUUAUCAGUAUACAUCCCCAGAUUUUCUUUACAUCCGUUCUUGGCUCCCAUGUAUAUUUUUCUCUGGAGGUGUGACUGUAGGAAACAUAGGACGCCAACUGGCUAUGGGUAUUCCAGAGAAACCACACAAUGACUAAAUCUUUGAAGAGAGCAUGGUGCCAGUGAAAGCAACAUUACGAAGAUGCGUUCCUGUUUUAAAUUGAAGAUUAUUUAGAAAAAAUAAUCUCUUUAUGGGCUCACUGCACAAAUGACUUGUGGAAAAAAAUAUUAAUCCACUCUUAGAAUAGCCAAGUGAAAUUAACUGCUUAUCUUGAAAUCUUACCCUGAAUUACCGCAUAAGCAUUUGCGUAUGGCUGUUCUCUGGAAGAGUUUAACACCAAGUUGCAGACAACUGUUCAGGCUAAGUGGCAGUUUUCCAAGUAUUAGAUUCCAAUGUAAGUUAUUGAAGCAGCUGCCGUAUUUUAAAGCCUUGAAACUGAAAUUUAAUUACAAGCUCUUGUAUCAGUGCCCAAAGGAAGUAGAUCGAUGGUGCUUAACAAUGAUGAAGUAUGGUUUAAUAGGAAUAGUAUUUAUCCAAAUCUUUAAAAAAUAGGGUUAUUUAAAAAUACGAGUGAUCAAAACAGAUUAAAGGCAUUGCAUUAAUGCUUUUAGGAGUCUUAUGAAGGAAUCAUGCCCUUACUUGUAAUGCUGCAUUAAGUUUCUGUCUUUGAUGGUGGAGAAGGUUGGAGGGACGAAAGCUUAGAAGUCACUUAGUUUGGAAUCUCUGAAUUACUUCAGUACGAUAGGUGAACACUGGAGACAAUCUUGUUCAAAUGGGAACUUUAUCAAGAAAUUGUGACUGGAAAUUUCAUUACUUCUGAAGCUUGCAGUUAGAUUUGUAAGAAUCAAGUUCUGGUCCUAAUUCAGUAAGAAAUGUAAGUGUGUGUGAGUACUGCUUAAUAUUAGACAUACGCUUCAGUAUCUCACUGAAGGAGGUCUCGGGUAUCUUAAAUGUCUGGUGUCACUGAAAAAAACGUGCAUUGCAGGCCAUGGCUUGGCCAUUGAGUAUGUGCCCCCAGCUCCUGAGGUUUGCAGUUUCGUCCCAGAGGUGUCCUUGAUCUUGCUUCUGUUUGAGUCAGGGUUUUGACUGCAAUGAUUGGAAACAGAAGCGGGCCUAAAAUGUGAUUUAAACUUUAUGUGAAGAAUAGCAAACGGCUUGUUUUCUCAGUUCAGCUUCUGAAAGAGAUCACUACUUGUUUUUUCACAACCCUAUAGAACUUGCAAUCUGUGAUUGCCUUCUUAAAAAAAAAAAAGUGCUUAUGUCACUACGUUAAACAUUUGGUGUUUCUUAAUACUUAGUUCUGGUGAGCACAACGUAUUCAUUUGAUAGCUUAGACCACAGGAGACCUAAAUAGCAAGUAUUAGGUCUUAAAAGUUGAAGUGCAAUGUACAGUAAAUCUGAGCCUCAUGUUCUCUUCAAUAUCGAUCAUUUCUUAUGAGAGAUUAAAGAGAAAAGGGUUCUGAGUUCAUUUCAAUGCUGCAUGGAGUCAAAUGGAGCAAUAAUUUAUUUAACUAGUAAAGCUAGUUCUGUUGUAUCUUUCAUUGAACCCAAAUUUUUAGAAAUACUCCAAUUUUGUGGUUAUGGUGUACUUGUAAACUUUUAUGGAUUUGCCAUUUUGUAUUAUGCAAUUUUUUUUUGUGUGUGUGUGUUCAUUUCCAAUCUUACAUGGCUUCAGAUAUAGUUAGAGGCAUUGGUUAAAGAGUGACCCAUCAAAAAAGAUGUUGAGGCCAGGUAGCAGUGUUCUGGCUGUUUUCACUCUUCUAAGGGAAUGCUAUAACUGCUGCUUGUGCUUUUUUGUAGCAGGAAAAGUUAGCACAAAGUCUAUAUCACAGAGCGGACCCCAAUUCUAAUCUUGCUUUGGUGUAAAUCAAGAUUAAUUUCAUUGGUAUAAGCUCCUUCCUCAAAUGUUUAAAACCUGAAUAAUCACAUUUUAUAGGACUACUUGAAGAAAUAAGAUCAACUGGAUCAACUCAGCUGUUUUAAGAAGUAUGCUACCUGCUGGGGAGACAGUUUUGUAACCAUCCUGAAACCCAUUUCAAAACGUUAUAAAACCAGUAAAGAUGACUGUGAUCUCUAUGGAUAUUUGAUUGAUAGAGAAAUAUUUAAGAUUUAUUUGUAAAGACUGAAACUAAAUCUGUAUGUGUUAGGAAUAAUGCAGCCAAAAAUGUAAGUCAAAAGUUCAUUUUUUGCCAAUACUUCUGAGUAUCUUAACCAAAGUGAUUUAAGUUUGGAAGAGGUGGGGAGGGGAGUGAAGAAAAUUUGCACUAUUCUGAAUUUGAACACUUAAAUUCUCAUUCUUACUGAUGAGUUUUCAGCAGUGUGUUUGGUUUUACACUUUUUUUACUAUUAAAGUUUUAAGAUCAAGUCA